AUGAAUGUAACAGUCAUAAAUGAUCGUUCCGAAAAUUAUAUCCGCAAUCAACUCGUCAUUUUUGAUCGAAAAUGGGUCUCACAGUUGCGUUUCUUUUUUGGUACCGAAUUUGAUAGCUUGUUUAUUCAUCAAAAUUCAGUGGGAAAAAUGCUUGAUGAAGAGCUUGUUUUAAUUAGCAUUAAAGAUAUGGAACUUGCAUUAAUGGGGCGGUUAAAGAAAAUAUCUGAAUUUGUAGAAGAGAAGGAAAGCGAAGAAGGAAAGGAGAAAAAUGAGGAGGAAAAAUCAUUUUUGAAUUUAAUUUAUGAAAUUGCAGUUUUGGGUGUUUUGUAUGAGAAUUUUGAUAAACCGAUAGUUGUUGUUGGUGUUCGGGAAAAUCAACGCAAUUCGAACGGGUUGAUACCCGAUGAAAUUAUUUCAGCUUUUCGAGCAAGAGAGUUGAAUAAAACUGAAAUUGGAAGUAAAAAAGUAGGAAUACCUUUUGAUCUUCUUUUUUGUGCUGGUGGUGCAAAUGAUAAAAUUCGUGAUAAAAUUUUGGGUAUUUACUUUUAG